GUUGCCCCGGUGAUCCAACCUGACUUUAGCCAUAUAUGGCAGACUAGAGGCAGGACGGUGGUCUCCUAGCAACGCAGUGUAAAUAUCUUGUUAUUUCUCUAGUCUGGGGAGCAUGAAAGAUAAAUAGAGAUAUGAAUGAAACAUCGAUUAAUUAAAUACCAAGGCACAAAAUCGUAGCAACAGAGCACUGCCACAGUACAGGAUAUUGUGUAAAAAUGACAGAAGAACCACAGAAAACUCGGUCUGUUGUGGUCUUUUGCCUUGAAGCAAGCUGGAGUAGUAACUCUUUCAUAGCUAAAGGUUAGCAGCGGCUUGCUAGCGACGGAAGUAACAGCAAGAGAUUAAAAGGCUGCCAGCGUGUAAUAAAUACGUUUAAAUCUGUGUUUAAGACACUAAACUUCAUGAGAGUGGAGGGCACAUCAUGCUGACUGAAAAGAAAGAGAAGAGUGAGACAAAUAUCAAACUGACAGCUGAUGAUUGCUGGCUAGCCAAUGGGACUAUUUGACAAGUUGGUCGGAUGGCUGGGGUUAAAGAAGGAGGUAAAUGUGUUGUGCCUGGGUCUGGACAACAGUGGCAAAACCACCAUCAUCAACAAACUCAAGCCAUCCAAUGCCCAGGUACAAGACAUUGUUCCAACAAUUGGCUUCAGUAUUGAGAAGUUCAAGACAUCCAGUCUUUCAUUUACCGUCUUUGACAUGUCCGGUCAAGGCAGAUACAGAAAUCUUUGGGAACAUUACUACAAGGAAGGACAGGCUAUCAUAUUUGUCAUCGACAGUGCAGACAAACUAAGAAUGGUUGUGGCCAAAGAAGAAUUGGACACAUUAUUAAAUCAUCCUGAUAUUAAACACAGGAGGAUCCCCAUCCUUUUCUUUGCUAACAAGAUGGAUGUCAGAGAUGCUCUGUCUUCUGUCAAGGUCUCACAGCUGCUCUGUCUGGAGAACAUCAAAGACAAACCCUGGCACAUCUGUGCCACUGAUGCUAUUAAAGGAGAAGGUUUACAAGAAGGAGUGGACUGGUUACAAGAUCAAAUCAAAACAAUGAAAACAUAAGCACAUGAGGAGUGACCACCAGAAGUACCAGCAGGACUCACAGAUGUUUUGUGAAAGAAUGUUUGUCUUCUUUUGAGGCACCAAUAAAAAUUGACGCUAAUGACAUAUUGAACAGCCUUUGAAGUGUUUAAUGCAAAGAAAGACAAACAAGCGAAAAGCAAACAGACCAGUGGUAAGAGAAAUUCACAAAAAGUAGCAACUGUAUUUGGCACAUUCUUAUUUGCUAUGCAGUUUUCAGGAUUUAUUAAAAUUUAUUAUUAUUCCAGUUAAUUUUUCUGUAUUAUAAGGACAUUGGAAUCAUGCUCAAACUAUAGCUAUUUUAAAACCAUUCUGUACAACAAGGUUGUAUUGAGUCACAUAUUUGACUCUAGGCUUAACAUCCAUGCUUGUUUCAAGUCUCCAUUCUCGAACUGUAUAUCAAAGACCAACUGCCAAAUGUUCAUUUGCUAGUUUUUUUGUAUUUGGUCUCUCAGGUUUGUAAAUGCAUUGUUUGUUUGUUUUUGUUUUACUAUAAUAACAUUUCUUUUAAUUUGUACUUCAGACGAAAAGGCUAAAUGUUUUUCAUACAGCUGCCUUUUUCAAACUUGCAUAGAUGGCUACCUUAUUGUCACAUUAAUAACAGUCAUUUUGUCUUCACUGCAGCUAAUUUAAAAUGCAUUUGUGCUCAAUUCUAAGCAAGGUUUCUCUAGACAUAGUUAACAUGUUGAUCUGUUUUAAAGAGAAUAGACUUUGUUUGAUAUCAUUACCUGUGUCUGCUUGAUUUUAAAUAAAGCAAACUUAGCUGUAAUGUGGUAAAAUGAUCAUAUUCAGAUAUUAAGUUAGUGUAUUAACAGAUGUGAAGCUAGUAGGUUGAAAUUUGCUGAUAAAAGUCAGAAUGUGUCUCUACAAAGCUGAAUUCCAGCUAGUGUUCUUUUCAGCAUUAUUUCAUUCCUAACGAACAAGAUGUAAUCAAGCGGUUUACUCUCAGUACUUCAAUGAAUCAAAGGCAGACCAGAAAGCAUAAAAUUACAGGCCGUACAAAGUCUUUGAUCUUUUGAUAUAGUCUGUCUGACUUAGAGCUUGCUAUAAAAGCAGCUUGUUUUGUCCAUAUUAUGUUAUGCUAUGUAAUUUCAUUCUAAGCUUCAUAAAUGUACAUAUUUUUUUGUUUUUAAGUAUUUUUUUGGCAGAAUUAAUUAAUCAGUAUAGUUAAAAUGUCUUCAUUUCAGCCCUGUAUCCAUACUCUGUAAAAGGUUUGUGAAUUCUGGCUUAGUGUUUUUGUAUUUGUUUCUUAUUUAACAAAAAUACUACAAUAUAAACAGAAACUAGACUUGGAAGUUAGAGUUGUCCUCCUGCAAAAACACAUAACUAUUCCUACUGAAAAGUUUCAUUCAAUGACCUAAUCAGAAAACACUAAAAGUUGUGCUCUCUCUCUAAGACCUGCAAAUAGGAAUGGCAUGCAGCUAAAAAAUGUUUGUUUAAUUAGCAAUUAUUUUAAACCAAUCUUGAAACGCUACACACAACUUGAGAUAUUAGUAAAACAGAGUUUAAAUCUUUAACAUAACAGCUUUUGACAUCAGUUUAUCUUUUAUCCAUACCCUGUUCUAAACGUUUGAAUAUGCAACCUGCAUUUACGGGUUUGAGAGAAAAGUCCUGUUGUGGUUUGACCAGAAUGGUGUGUUCAUGAUUCCAAAUCAUUUACAUAAUCUGUGGAAUUUAUGCUACUUGUUGUGAAUUUUAGUCUGAAACCUGCAAAUAAAUUAACAACAUAAUUUUCGAUUAUGUUUAGAUAAUUACAAAUACAAAUAUAUAGUCUUUGAUAGUUGCCAGGCAAGAAUAACAAAUUACUUGUUAAUCUAUAUCUGACAGUCAGACGCGGUUUUCGUUGUGAAGAGCUGUUGCAUAUGUUAGCUUCUUAUCCCAUUCAUCAGCAGGCGAUGUUUCUUUUUAAUGCUUCCACUGUGAAACAACCAGAUCUUACAAAUUCAGAUCCUCCUCACAGUAACAGUGAAGACCACCUGAACUUGGAAUAUUUCUGAGACUGUAAAAUAUUUUUAUUUUCCGUAAGAACUUUAGUCAGUAUCCUGUAGCCAUAUUAGUUCAAAUCUGUAGGUUAACAGAGUCAUUGUGUAAUAAUGUUUAAACUGAUUUAAGCACAGGUUUAUAUAUUGAUUAAAUGCUUGAACUGCAUCUUUCAGAGGCUUGUAUGUAUUUUAUUGUAUUCUGUGUUUGCAUUUUCAAACAAUAAACUUUGUGUAAAACA